AUGACAACAACCGACGCUUUAAACUUAUCAGUAUCUCCCUCGCCUCCUGCUUACAGACCAAGAGAGCAUCCAGUUAGUCCAGUAGAUGUAAUACCCUCAAGAUCAUCGUCACAGGAAGGACAUUUAUUAAAUGAUUUUGAUUCUGGAAACGAAGUUCAUGGGAUUUAUAGUGACGAUAAUGGAGGUUAUAGUCUUGUCACUCCCGUUGGUUCUCCCUAUAGAAUAAAAACUCCGAAAAAUGUUCAGUCGUAUAGUCCACCCCAUAACUUUUAUCCUGAACACACAUUUGUAGGGUGUUCUUCAAUAAUUGAUUAUGAGAUAAAAGACAAACUUGGCGAGGGAACAUUUGGUGAAGUUCACAAGGGUAUUCAUAAAAAGUCUAAGAAUAUAGUUGCUUUGAAGAGAAUCUUGAUGCAUAAUGAAAAAGAAGGUAUUCCAAUUACUGCGAUCAGAGAAAUAAAGAUUCUCCGGCAACUUAGUCACACGAACGUCGUCACACUGAGUGAUAUGGCGUUUGAAUAUGGUGAUAAGGAAGAUCAGCCUUCAAUAUAUAUGGUAUUCCCUUAUAUGGACCACGAUCUAGCUGGUCUCCUAGAGAAUAAAGAUGUUCAAUUCGCUGCUUCACAAGUCAAAUGUUAUUUAAAGCAAUUACUGGAAGGAACCUUUUACCUUCAUCAAAUUGCAGAUUUUGGUCUUUCACGUCCGAUAAUAAACGACAAAUCAUUAACUGGAUGUGUGGUAACGCGGUGGUAUAGGUCACCGGAAUUAUUACUCGGUGCAAAACAUUAUUCAAUAGCAAUCGAUAUGUGCGUUUUUGGCGAAAUGUUAAGAAGGCAACCAAUACUAAUGGGACAUUCUGAUAUUCAUCAAUUAGAGAUCAUUUAUAAAUUAUGUGGAACACCAACAGCCGAAACCUUUAAGGAUUUGGGAAUUCAAGAUCAGCAGGUCGAACCUGAGAAAGAUUUGCCUCGAAAAGUGAUUUCUGAAUUUGAAAGGCAUGGAUCACAUGCAGCGGAACUAAUGGAUAAAUUACUCGUACUUGAUCCAAGACAACGAUUGACUGCAUUUCAAGCAUUAGAUCAUGAUUAUUUCUGGACAGAUCCUUUGCCUGCAGAACCCAAAGAUUUACCACAGUAUGAAUCAAGUCACGAGUAUAGUCGUCGUAAUAAACAAAAGGAGAAGAAAGAACAUAAAGUCGAGGAAAUUUCUACAAAAAUCACAUCAGCAGAAAAACGUUCCGAAAGGCAAGAACGUUUUGAACGAAAAGAUCGCAAAAAGUCAAAAAGGAUGCGAAGUCUAGAAAGACAGCGUGAUCCUCGCGAAUCUAAAAAACGUAGUCGUGUAUAUGUCACGCGAACAGACAAUCAAGAUCAAUCAAACAACAGGCGGAAUUCAGUUGACGAAAUGAAAGAUAAUUCGAAGCGUGGACGUAAUAAAGACAAAAGACGUAGCCCAGAAGGCGACGAACAAAAUGAUAAUUCUGAUGCGCACAUAAAACGUAAUCGACAACGACAUCAUCCACUUCCGGAAAAACCGAGAACUACGGCAGAUGUUGAUAAAAAAUGA